AUGGCAGCAAACGAGAAGCACGAGCCCGUUACUUUCGGCGCCAGCGUGCUACGCUCUCCAAGCCCAUUAACAACCCCUUCGCAACCCCUCCGCUCGCAGCCCUCCAACGACUCAACCAUGUCGACUGCCACCGCCGACGCAGAAGCCGCCAAGAAAGAGUGGGCUGCCGACCCCUCCAACCCAUACUCGGCCUUCUACAAGCACCCGGAGGCUCUCCGCGAGACGCGUCACUCCCUCAACGACGGCGCGCCCCAGAGCAAGACGCACCUUGGCGUCGCUGUUCACGAACACGAACACGAUCUCGAGGGUGGCGUCCCCCUCUCGGUAGCCUCAACACAGCAGCAAUCGAAACACUCCGUCGAUGGCCGCGUCAAGGAGUGCACAAUGUGGCCCACGAGGCAGGCUGUACUGGACAAGCGGAAGUCUUACCAACGCAAGCGUGGCUGUGCUUUCUUCCGCAACUUGACCAACAAGCAGAGAAUGUGGGCUAAGAUCAUCAUCGCUCUUCUCGUCAUAGGCGCUGCCGUCGGCCUCGGUGUUGGAAUCUCGAGGGCUGUCGGCGGUGGCCUGCUGCAGCAAUGCAAUCAACCACCACCCGUCUCUUCGACCGCACACACUCACGACUUCGGCAUACUUCGCUUCGGACAACAUCCUUUUUCGAUAUCCCUUUUCAUCUAUUUUGGUUUUAACAAGUCAUAG